AUGGACCUUGACGACCUCGACGGGCCGAGCAAGCCUGCUCGGGUCUCCAGGUUCAUGCCCCGCUCCAAAAAUGCCCCACCGAAACCGAAACCCGAACCAAAUGUCCCAAAGUUUGAACUAGAACCACCGCAGCUGCUCAAGCCCAAGCCGGAAGCACUUGAUGGUGAUGAUUCGAAUGGCACUGUGAAAAUGGAGACUACUGAACAACUGAAGGAGGAUGAUGAUCCUAUGGACGAAGAGGAUGCUGAAGAUACUGUCGUUCGUGAAAUUGAUGUCUUCUUUAGCCCUAAUGUCGAUUCCAACACUCAGUUAUACAUUUUGCAAUAUCCUCUAAGGCCUCGGUGGCGGCGCUAUGAGCUGGAGAAUCGGUGCGAGGAGAUAAGAGUGAAGCCUGACACUGCUCAAGUGGAGGUGGAUUUGUCUAUUGAUGUUUACUCCAAGAACUGUGAUCAAGAGUACCGUGUUCUUGUGCUUUUUCUUAGACUUUGGCUACAGAAUGGGAUUCCUUUACACUUGAAUCAUGUUCAUGCAGUUGUGCAGCUCCAACCAUCACUGGACCAUUUAAACCCCGGUGGCUCAAAAAGGAAGGGCAAGGCCACUGGGGAUGCAGAUGUUCCAAUUAAAAGAGAAAAUUUUACUGAGGAAAAAUCUUUGGCUCCAUCAAAGAAACAUAACAAGCAUGUAAAGUCCCCAACUGAAGAGGAAGAGUGUUGGGUUCCACUUCACUACCAUGGUUCUGAAUGUGAUUUUUCGGCUAGAUAUUUAAAAAGAAUGGUGGUGCAAGACAGUUCUCCUAUAGAAUUUACAAUGAUUCCGGCUUUACUGAACCUACCUUUGGAGGAGCGCAUCCAGAAGUUGCUUGUUGAGGAACCUGUAGCUCGCCGAUUUAGUGAUCUGAAGAAGUACUAUGCUCGGAACCAGGGAAAAGAACUUUUGGAUGUCCUUCAAAAGAAUGGUCUAUUACUGCGUGAUCUUUGGGUUCCAAAAACUGCAUUGCUAUAUCGCAAGAAGGAAAGCUCUUCUAGAAAGAAAGAUGAUGAUAAUCUGCGUACGACUAGAAAUUACAUCCUGAAUUCAUUUCGGAAGAACCCUGUAAUUAGUAAUGCAGAACUAAAUGUCUACUCGUCACUGAAGCCUCAUUUUGACAAAACCUUGAAAUUCUUAGUUGUCUACAGACCUUCAACUCGAGAUUGGAAAUUGAAAGAGCAUUCAGAUGUAUCAUUUGCAGAACUCUAUCCAGAAAUUUCUGAAAGCUAG